AUGCGUGAUGAGGGUGUGGUACAAGGCAAUGAACCAUUUACCAACUUAUUGACUCAAGCGGAUACCUUCUAUCGUGAAGCGGAAAGUGGCAAAAAAACUUGGUUUAAUCCUGCGGAUAUUGAGUUAGAAAAAGACGAGAAAGGUCGUGUACUUUCUGCUAAAUAUUCAGGUGACGGUCAAGACGUUGUGGUUGGUGGUCAAGAGAAAAUGUCGAAAUCGAAAAAUAACGGUAUCGACCCACAAGCGAUUAUUGACCAGUACGGCGCGGAUACCGCACGUGUAUUUAUGAUGUUUGCUGCACCACCAGAUCAAUCUUUAGAAUGGUCUGAUGCGGGCGUUGAAGGUGCAAAUCGUUUCUUAAAACGUGUAUGGCGUUUGGCAGCAGGUUUCCUUGAAAAAGGCAACCAUGCAACAGCAAUUGAUGCUUCGAAACUUUCCACUGAAGCACAAGACCUGCGUCGUAAAACUCAUGAAACGAUUCAAAAAGUGGGUGAUGACAUCGAACGUCGUCAUGCAUUCAAUACCGCGAUUGCAGCUUUGAUGGAAUUGCUCAAUGCCAGCAAUAAGUUUGAAGCAAAAGAUGACAACGAUGUUGCUGUAGCACGUGAAGCAAUUACCACUUUACUGACUUUACUUGCACCAUUUGCACCACACUUAAGUCAGACCUUAUUGACUGAGUUUGAUAUCGAUUUAACUUCGGUACUGUUCCCUACGGUUGAUGAGUCUGCAUUAACACGUAAUACACAAACCAUCGUAGUUCAAGUCAAUGGUAAGCUUCGUGGCAAGUUAGAAGUCUCUGUCGAUGCAUCGAAAGAUGAAUUAUUGGCAUUGGCUAAAGCGUUACCUGAGGUUCAGCAAUUCUUAACAGGUCCAACCAAGAAAGAAAUUGUGGUUCCAAAUAAGCUUGUGAAUUUGGUGGUUUAA